GGCGCUGCAAAGACUUCAGCGGAAAUCUCUCAUAGAUUCCAGUUCAAACUCUGGAAAAUUUACCUUUCACAAGCUUCUUCAUUCAUUUGCAAGUGAAAAAGGAGAACUUGAGAUGAAAGAAACGGUUCUCGACUCCAAAAUUCGCUUUUAUGAGUUCUACAUUGCCUUAUUCGAGAAGCUUAACGGGAACUUCCUCACUGGAUUUUCCAUGCGUUCCUUUAUCCAGUUCUUUGAAAACGAACAAAGGAUCGUUCAAAGUCUGAUUGACGGUUGUUACUAUUCGAAGACAGUUGACAGAAUUUUGGAAGUUUUGGUCAAGGCAGAGUUGUUCCUUUACUUUCUUUAUUACCAGGGAAGAGCUGUGCCCGACAAGAUUUACGAUUCAGCAAUAACGGCGGCCACUCGUCCUGGUAAAGAUUAUUUCAACAAGGCACUGCUUGGUUCCAAAGCUUUUGGCGAAGUAAUUCAUGCUCUACCUGGAGGGACGUUGCAGCGGCUUUCUGAAGUCGAGGAAUCACUUGUUCCUACCUCCGUCGAUGAUAUCAAGCAGAAAGGAAAACUCUUGUUUUAUGGAGGAAUUUAUCAGCUUGUUAUGGGCAAUGUUGGAGGAGCGAAAUGUUUAGAAAAAGCUGUUUCUUCGAUGGAUGCAAGUCCAGAGCACACAACACUAAAGCUGAUUGCGUUUCAAAUUCUUUCGCUGUAUUUUGGCUACAAAAAUAACUCGGAAAAGUCCUCUUACUUCUACAUGAAAGCACUGCAGGAAUGCCAAGUAGUGGGAGACAAGGGCUUACUGGUGAUCCCUAAAGUCGAGGGAACAAUAAAGGAAGGUGAGGCAAAGAAAGCACAUUCAAGAAAAUGCCAAAUCACCGCAAACCAGCCACUUCAACUUGAAAUUAUCUUUCUCGUGAGCCAAGCAGUUAAGAAUUUCUCUACUACUGAAACCUAUCAGUGUUUUGCACUCUUGCUAUCGAAAAUACUUCAACAUUAUAAGACGGCAUUUCCAGCAGGAAUGACUGGUUCGUUCCAUUAUCAUUUCACUGGCAUACGUUUUUUGCGGACGUUAUGCAAACAACAGGGCGCGGGAAUCACCAUCGAAGAAAUACUCGGUUUACCUGGCAGAUCAGCAGACCAAAACGAGACUGAGAAAACUAAACUCCCCUCAACUCCAGAAAAACGGAAAGAACACAUCCAACGCAAGUACUCAGAAGCUCUAGAGUCAACCAAGCGUGCACUUGCCAUCACGCUCAAAUUGCUUGGUGAACAACAUUCAGAGACCGCUGACAGCUAUCAUUCAUUAGGGAUUACACAACACUUACUGGAAGAUUAUACCUCAGCUACCGAGUCACACAAGCGUGCACUCGCUAUCAGACUAAAACUGUUUGGUGAAGAACAUCCAGACACCGCCGACAGCUAUCAUUCAUUAGGGAUUACACAACACUCACUAGAAGAUUAUACCUCAGCUACCGAGUCACACAAGCGCGCACUCGCUAUCAGACUAAAACUGUUUGGUGAAGAACAUCCAAAGACCGCUAACAGCUAUCAUUCAUUAGGGAUUACACAACACUCANCUAGAAGAUUAUACCUCAGCUACCGAGUCACACAAGCGCGCACUCGCUAUCAGACUAAAACUGUUUGGUGAAGAACAUCCAAAGACCGCUAACAGCUAUCAUUCAUUAGGGAUUACACAACACUCACUAGAAGAUUAUACCUCAGCUACCGAGUGGCACAAGCGGGCACUCGCUAUCAGACUAAAACUGUUUGGUGAAGAACAUCCAGAGACCGCUCACAGCUAUCAUGAAUUAGGGAUUACACAACACUCACUAGAAGAUUAUACCUCUGCUUUCGAGUCAAAGAAGCACGCACUCGCUAUCAGAAUAAAACUGUUUGGUGAAGAAUAUCGAGAGACCGCUCACAGGUAUUAUGAGUUAAGGAUUACACAACACUCACUAGAAGAUUAUACCUCAGGUACCGUGUCAAAGAAGUGAGCACUCGCUAUCAGACUAAAACUGUUUGGUGAAGAUCAUUCAGAGACAGCUGAUCAUUCUUAGGGGGUUGGACAGGGUAGUGGUCCUUUACGGUUUGCUUCUAGGUUUUAGGUGUCAAUCUUUUUUUUUUCAGUCAACAUAUUAGUGGUACCUUAAAGGACCCUAGUUAGCCUCCGCUAUUUUCUAUGCCGUCGAAAUUGAAUGAUUGCAUGGUGAAGCGAAAUCUUCUUGCUUUACUGUAAGUUGAGUUGAAAGUAUGUUUAAUUGUCUUCAGUAGUUUCCCAGUGAUUUUUCCGUUUUGACAUGCUCCAAAUAAACUAUAAUAGCCAACUCUCGCAUGUAAACUAAAACAAAGGUGUGGCUGACUAGGAACCUUUAAAUUAAAAGGUACGUCGGUCGCGAAUUAACAGGUAUUAGUAUCACCCAACUAGUGGACUAAUGCAAAUCCUGCAUUUUGAUUGGCUACGCUACUAGAGGA